UUCGUGAAUUUGUUUAUACAAUUAUUUUGUAAAAUUAAACAAAACUAGUAGAGACGGAAGUAAUUUGGUUUGCUUACAAAAAGUUUAAAAUUUGAGAGUUUUGUUCUUAAUGCGUAUUGCUGGAAUGGGAAAAUCCGAUAUCAAGUAUAAGCUAAAUUUAGAACAUCGCAAGUCAAAACAAACCCUUUUUGUUAAUUAUUAUUGAUUGAUUUACUAGAGAAUCAGUGAGAGUAUCAUAAUUUAAUAAAACAUUGUUAAGAUGUGUAAUCUUUAUUUCCAUUAGACCAACUGCUUUUGGGAUGUGGUCCAGAUGUUUUUAUCUAAUGUGCUGGCUUCUAACCAGGGUGUGUGGGUUAGAGAUGCAUCGUCCAACGAAUUCUCCAAAGAAGGUUUGAGCGGUAAACUCCUAGCUCCGAUCUGCAUACAAACGAGUUGUAUAUAGAAAUCUUUUUUUUUUUUUUGAGCAAUACCUUUUUAAAUUGAUGCUAUGAUAAGAUACUAGCUAUAUAAACUUGCUAUCAUUGGCAAGUUAAUAAUUAAUCAUAUGCUACGUAGUACGUUAAUAGUAUUACAUGAGAACAAAACAAAAUCCACCAUAUACGGUGAUAAUAUUGAUACUGUCGAUACUCGAUAGAUACAUUACAUAUGUACACGAUCUAUUAAUAAUAUACCCACGAUAGGAAAAGCCAAAUCAUGUCUAACAAACAUAUAAACACAACACCAAAAGUAUAAUUAACUCUAUAUUAAUAACAUCUUUCUAUUCACUAAACACAUUUGGAUAUAUACCCUUCCAUCUUUAAACAUCUCUCAGGAUCCUAUCUUUAGGGUUUCAACAUUUUCUUCAGAAAUAUCUCUCGAAUAUUUAAGUAACAUAUACAAAGUAUGGAGUGUGAGAGAUCAUCGUCGUCCACUUCAUCAGAGACCGGAGCCGUUCUUCACCAUCGUUCUUCUUCGUCGGUCUCCACCGUGACGAGACGAAUGUAUGAGUGCACUUUCUGCAAAAGAGGUUUCACGAACGCACAAGCUUUAGGUGGUCACAUGAACAUCCAUCGACGUGACCGUCUCAACAAGGCGACCAAGCUGCAAAACGACGCUGACUCAGCACUCUCCGGUUCUCGAAGAUGUUUCCACGUGGCAUCUUCCGAUCGUGGAGUCUAUGAGCAAGUAGACUCCGUCGUCUUGAGGACGACCACAAACUUGAGCUUACGAGUUGGAUCGAUGGUUACAAGGAGAGAAAACGUCGUCGUUGAAGGAGAUGAAAUCGAUUUGGAGCUACGUCUUGGCUUAUGAGUUAUGAGAUCAUCAACCACUACAUCUAUAUUUGUAUAAUACGUUUUUUGGGUGUUUAUUGUAUGUUUCUUGAGGUUGAUAUGUGUAUUUUAAUACAGGACCGCAUAUGAUGAGUUUAUUAUAUGUUAAUGUAAUGUAUGUUUAGGUGGAUAUUUAAUCAUGCAUGUUUUGUGAUUGAUCACUGAGAUAUAUAUUGGCUAUAGCGAUGAUAUAUAUAUAUAUAUAUAUACAUGUUAAAUCUUUUACUUGUAUGUCACAAAUAUUAUUUUCACUGAAAAAAUCAGAUCUAUCUCACAACAAAAUCAUUGAACUAUAUAACUAGCUAUUGGAUUAAAGUAACUAAAGCCAAUCUAGGUUAUGCUGCUGCGAGAGGAUGAUACUUAAAUAUAAAAGACAGAAAAAAACGAAAAGAACAAAUAAAUUGGGAAAAUUGAAAAUGUUCUUUUCAUUGAAAAUCUCUUAUUGGCCGAAAGCCCUUCAAAAAAUAUAUUUAUUUUUCCAAUAAAAAUAUAUGUGCCAGUUCACCAUCCUCUUAGUUUUUGGGUGGAAUUAACUUCUUGUUUAGCAUAGACCUACGUGGUAAAAUCGCAAUAAAAAUCUGUUUUCCAAUAAAUUAUAUAUUACAACUAAAAUUAAACUAGAGAAAUUUUUUACACUAUCACUUUCGUAGUACCAUUUUUUAUGUUUACUUUAACUACAUUACCUUUAAUUUUCAAUAGUAAAAAGACUAUUAUAUUCCUAAUUAAUUGAACAUAUACCUAAUCUAUUUUCUCGCAUGAGCUCUCCAAUUUCAGUUCGAGGAACUUUCAAUUGCUCUAUGGUGAUCAAAUCCGACGAGAUUGGAUGACAUGUGCCAUUGUUUUUGUCAUACCAGAAUGUUCAUAUAAGGUCUAAGGAUUUUCGAUUAAGUGGUAAGGAAUGGAUUGAAUAUCGAAGGAUUAUGCAGAAGAGGUGAAUUUGAGAAGACUAGGAAGCUGGUAAAAUAGUUUUUUUUUUAAUGGUAAAAUAGUUCUCUUGUAAAGGAAUCAUCAAACCUGAAGCUUACACUCAACACCAUUAUCAGCGCUUCUGUUAAAAGAGAGACUUCUCUGGUGUAGAAGAGGUUUUGAAGGCCAUGAAGAAGGAUGGUAACAUAUACGUUUCUUAUGAAAUUAAGCAUCAAGAAAAGAAAAUUUGUUAAAUAGACUUACAAACACUAAAUAAUUUUAUAAAUCAUUAUAAAUUAUUUUAUAAAUACUUAUAAACUAGAUGGUGGCCCGUACACUUGUGCGGACCAAUAUAUAUCCAUCUAAUUCAAAUUUUAUUUAAUUUUUAUCUAAAUUAUUUAAUUAGUUUCAAAUAUUAAAUUAAUUAGAGAUAUAAUUUACUUUUUUUAUUAGAGGACAACAUAGAUAAUGGUUUGGUAUUUGUAAAUAUUUAUUUAUUCUUUAACUAAACCACACAUGUAAAAAGUAUCAUCAUUAUAAUAACCUAAUAAAAUUUUAUUAUUACUUUUAAAAUAAUAUAAAAUAUAAAUCUACAAAUAAACCAUAAUUACCAAAUUAUCAAAGAAGCUUAUGAAAUCAAACCCCUCUUCAUCAAAGUCUUAAUUGCAUUUUAUAUGAAUUUCUUCUUCAUCGGAGUUCAUAUUGACACCUAUUAACAAAAUUUACAAUAAUAAAAAACAUACUUCUAUUUAAUAAAAAAUUAUAAACUAAAAUUAAUAAAUUAUAUAUAUAUAUAUAAUAGUAAAAGGUGUAUUUUUAAUUUUUAACAACGAUCGAUUGUAUUCUUUGGACUCAUAUUUUGAUUGAUAAGAUAAUUUGGUGAUAUAAAAGAGAAGCAAUCUUCAUUUUAAAAAUAAUAAUUAAAUAAAACAUUAAAAGAUUUAAUAUUAAAAGUAAACAUAAUAUGAACAAAACUAUAAAAUUAAUACUCAUUAAUAAUAGUUAUCCAUGAAUAUAAUGAAAAUAUUUAUUAAAUAAUUACUAAAUAUGUUAAAAACUAACAAUUCAAAAAAUCUAUCUUAUUAAAA